CGAGUCCCAUUUGCAAGUGAUCGUUAUAAGUUCCGAUCACCAGCAGUAGAGCUCUUCAGCACGCAUCCAUCCUCUGUCUCCUGCCUUCUCCUUGAGUAGUCAGUAAUGGACUCCAGAGCUGUAUCGACUGUUUCGCAUUUGGCGUCCCACAAUGCUAUAGAGUCUGUCAGUUUGCUAGAUGCUGUGAAACGAUUAGAGAUAACCCUGGGAAACCCCCAAGUACAAUCCUUCCUCAGUCUAAGUGAAGCACCCUGGGAUAUCACAGGACGGACGGGUUAGAAAGUGGAUCCCGAGGGGUCACAGCCAACCGGUGAUCGGCACCAGAGCUCUGCAUUCUGGUAAGUUCUACAUUUCCGGAGGAUCCUCCAACAGCAGCUGACAAACGUGGUCGAUCUCCUUGACCGCAUCACGUGUAUCACUUUACCAGGUCCAGCAAUGCGGUAACAGGAGCUACAAAAUGCUGCUAAUAGCUCCUGAUCCAUGGGGAUAUAUAGAUAUCUUGUCACCUCAAUCACAGCCAAAUAUCGCAUUGAAGUCACCCGGAACAAUGCGGAUAUCCUAAGAGAACGGCUGUCAGCCACAAAGCUGACGCGCCGGUCCACACCUACCCCACCACGAGUACCACUCCAUCCUACAUGGAAUCCUCCACAACCACCAACCCUUCCAACAGCGACACCUCCGCGGCCACAGUUCCUCCCAUCACCGGCUCCCUCUCAACCACCGCCCCGGCCGCCUCAAUCUCUGCCGCAGACUCCGCCACAACCACAACCUCCACCACAACCUCAACCGCCCCCCCUACCACAACGGUCCCUCCUCGACCCGUCACGAAGGCGAUUGUUUUCCCGACGGAAGCCCUGAUCAGCGACCUCAGCAGCGUCGACCAGGGCGAAGUGUGCGAGAACGAAGGGGGUUUCGCUCCUGCGUUUCUCUACAAGGCCCAGCUCGACAUCCUGUUCGACACGCAGGAGUCCGUGGCGGCUUGGACAACUCUGGUGGGAGAAAGAUGCUUCGGCGGCGACUGGAUUUUGGUUUGGGCGGAUGGAUCCAGAUUCAGCGAGAAGGUGACUGGAUAUGGCGUGACCGCAGGCUUGACGGCUUUCGGAACAGACAGCAAUGACCAGCAGCGGGUCUGUUUCGCGCUCGAAGGGUCCGAAUUCGUGGCUCAUGCUUGCAACGGGUCGACGGCUACGACUUCGAUGAACGUCGUGUGUCUCACGCCUCCCAUCGUUUUCAAGUCGGUGAACCAAACGGACGACGCCACCUAUGACAGCCAGGACUCCGUGUGCAGGAGCGAAGGCGGGAAACUGCUUCCUCGUCUCACCCAGGCCAACUUGAAAGACCUUGUUUAUUACUACGGCAAACUGACAGCUUGGACGACAAUGGUGGGGGAAGUGUGCCAGGGAACAGACUGGUCUCUGGUGUGGCCGGACGAAACGAGGGCCGAUAAUGAGACGCUGAAUCUGCCAUGGUCCCCAGGCCUCACGUCUUUCGCCAACGCGUCGGGAAACGUGAGCGAGGAACUGAGGGUGUGCUUCAUCAUUGAGGAUUCGCAGUCCCUUGUUGCCCAACCGUGUGUGGGUUCUGGCAGCAAGAGUGUUCUGUGUACUCGCGCCCUUACAACGUACCUGUCAAUGGAGAGGACCACCAACGGAAGCUUUGACAGCCAGGACGCCUUGUGUGCGGCUGAGGGAGGUCAAGCCGCGACCAGGUUUGACAUCGUUAACCUCCAAGAGCUGGAGUAUUAUUACGGUUCAGUGAGAGCCUGGACGACGAUGCUGUAUGAAGUGGCUCCCAAAUUAAUCGGUUGGAGUCGCAAGGAGGUUUGGCACGAUGGCGAGAGCGUUUCUGUUUCAAAAAUUGAUAUUCCUGUGAAUCCAAGUGAAAAGUAUGAAGUCGAGAAAACCUUCUGCUUCGUCUUCAGGAACACGUCGAUGCUCGUCACCCAAGAGUGCUUCGACAACAGGACCCUCAUGAGCGCCCUCUGCGUGUUCGUCUGAGGGCUUCCUUACCCCAAGGGCGAGGCUUAUGGGGGUGGUGGCGGGCGUAUGGUGGUUAUGGUGAGGGAAUUUUCAUGGUGUAUGUGAUU